AUGGGAACAAAACAGACGCACAUCUAUGCAGUCCAGCAGGUCGGCGUCCUGCUGCGAGCAGCUCUGCUCUCUGUCCUGCUGUGUGUCCCUCAGCUUGUGUCCUCAGACUCAGAUGAGGCCGUCCUGACUGAGUGGGAGAUCUGGAAGAGCAGCAAUGGCAUCGCCUACGAAGAAAUGGACGACAUGCACAGGAGGGCCAUCUGGGAGGACAACAAACAAAUAAUUGAAAACAAUAAUCAUGGAUUCUUCAUGGGGAUGAGGCCGUUCUCUAUGGCCAUGAAUAAAUAUGGAGACUUGACGAGACAAGAGUACCAGGUUUUGCAAGGUGCUGUGAUAAACUCCCAGUUCGUGAAGAGAGGGAAGACCAUCUCGGCCCGAAGGCUGCGCAACAAUGCAAAGUAUUUAGAUUCUUGGUUUGUCGACUACAGGAACAUGGGUUAUGUCACCGAGGUCAAAGACCAGGGUUACUGUGGGUCGUGUUGGGCCUUCAGCACGACUGGAGCCAUUGAGGGACAAAUAUAUAAGAAGACAGGUCAGCUUGUAUCUUUGAGCGAACAAAACCUGGUGGACUGCUCCAAAUCUUACGGUACCUAUGGCUGCAAUGGUGCCUGGAUGGCCAAUGCCUACGACUACGUGGUCAACAACGGGCUGCAGUCGACCAGCAGCUACCCAUACACCUCAGUGGACACUCAGCCCUGUUACUACGACAGCAGGCUCGCAGUUGCUCAUAUCAAAGACUACAGGUUCAUACCCAAAGGAGAUGAGCAGGCUCUGGCUGAUGCCGUGGCAACGAUUGGUCCAAUCACAGUAGCCGUUGAUGCAGAUCAUUCAAGUUUUCUGUUCUACAGCUCAGGAAUAUACGAUGAGCCAAACUGUAACCCAAACAAUCUGAGUCACGCCGUGCUGCUGGUUGGCUACGGCUCUGAAGGAGGCCAAGAUUACUGGAUCAUCAAAAACAGUUGGGGAAGUGGUUGGGGUGAAGGCGGCUACAUGCGAAUGAUCCGAGAUGGCAGAAACACCUGUGGCAUCGCGAGCUAUGCUUUGUACCCGAUUCUAUGAUUCUGAUAGGAUGCUUCAGUCGUGUGUUAAUGCUGAACAGCAGUCAUUGAUGA